UCGGGACCCCUCCAUUUCUUCCCCAACGCUGCCGUUCUGUCGCUAAACCACUCCGGAUUUCGAUCAAACCGAUCUCCGAUCGAUCGUUUUUUGUCGGUUUGAUAAAAGAAAACUGGAGAGCUGAAUUCAUCAUGUCGAUGUCUGAUUCCGAUACGUCGUCGCAGGGCGGCGAGUACAAAAAUUUACGACAAAUUAGCCGGGAAAGAUUGUUAUAUGAAAUGCUUCGAUCUACAAAAACAGGAGAUUCUAAAUCAACCUGGAAGGUGCUUGUCAUGGACAAAGUGACUGUCAAAAUAAUGUCAUGCGCAUGCAAGAUGGCGGACAUUACGGAGGAAGGAGUUUCAUUGGUGGAGGACAUACACAGGCGACGGCAGCCUUUACCUACGAUGGAUGCUAUAUAUUUUAUUCAGCCAACCAAAGAAAAUGUUGUCAUCUUCUUGUCUGACAUGGCCGGAAGAUCGCCUUUGUAUAAAAAGGCAUUUGUAUUCUUUAGUUCACCUGUGCCCAGAGAGUUGGUUAACCAGAUAAAGAGGGAUACAAGUGUUUUAUCUCGCAUUGGUGCUCUGAGAGAGAUGAACUUGGAAUACUUCACCAUAGAUAGCCAGGGUUUCAUCACAGAUAACGAGAGGGCUUUGGAGGAACUUUUUGGUGACGAAGAAAGUUCACGCAAAGUUGAUGCAUGUUUGAACGCAAUGGGCACCAGCAUUGCUACCGUUUUUGCUUCUCUGCGGGAGUUUCCUUUUGUGCGCUACCGUGCAGCCAAAUCUCUUGAUCCUACUACAAUGACAACAUUCCGUGAUCUAAUUCCUACAAAGCUUGCUGCUGCCGUUUGGAAUUGUCUUAUGAAAUACAAAGCUAACCUCCCAAAUUACCCACAAACAGAAACAUGUGAAUUGCUUAUUCUUGAUAGAUCAGUGGACCAGAUUGCUCCUAUUAUACAUGAAUGGACAUAUGAUGCCAUGUGCCAUGAUCUAUUAAAUAUGGAGGGUAAUAAAUAUGUCCAUGAGGUUCCAAGCAAAACUGGUGUUCCUGAGAAAAAAGAGGUCCUAUUGGAGGAUCAUGAUCCUAUCUGGCUGGAGCUUCGUCAUUCGCACAUAGCAGAUGCUAAUGAACGGUUGCAUGAGAAGAUGACAAACUUUGUAACAAAGAACAAAGCUGCACAAAUGCAUCAAGGUUCAAGAGAUGGUGGUGAAUUGUCUACUCGUGAGUUGCAGAAGAUGGUUCAAGCUUUGCCUCAAUACAGUGAACAGAUUGAAAAGCUUUCCCUUCAUGUGGAUAUUGCUGGAAAAAUUAACAGAAUUAUAAGGGAAUUGGGGCUAAAAGAAGUUGGGAAAUUAGAGCAGGAUCUUGUUUUUGGAGAUGCUGGAACCAAGGAUGUCAUUGAUUUCCUGAGAACAAACCAGGACGUUACACGUGAGAAUAAGUUGCGCUUGCUGAUGAUUUAUGCAGCUGUUCAUCCUGAGAAGUUUGAGGGAGACAAAAUUGCAAAACUAAUGGAGCUCGCUAGGUUGCCGCAAGAAGAUAUGAAUGCUGUGUAUAACAUGAGAUUGCUUGAGGGCGCAGCAGACAGCAAAAAAAGCUCUAUUGUGCCUUUCUCCUUGAAGUUGGAUGUACACAAGAAAAAACACGCUGCCAGAAAAGACCGUCCUGGUGAAGAAGUGGCUUGGCAACUAUCACGUUUCUACCCUAUGAUAGAGGUACUCAUUGAAAAAUUGAGCAAAGGUGAACUCGCAAAGAAUGACUACCCAUGUAUGAAUGACCCAAGUGCAACAUUCCACGGGAACUCUAAUUCUGCAUCAGUAAGAACAGGGGAAAUUCCAGCUGCACAUUCAGUGAGAUCAAGACGGACAGCAACAUGGGCCCGCCCUCGAAACUCUGAUGAUGGCUAUUCAAGUGAUUCAAUUUUGAAGCAUGCAUCUAGCGAUUUCAAGAGCAUGGGUCAACGGAUUUUCGUGUUUAUAGUUGGUGGGGCAACUAGAUCAGAGCUGCGAGUUUGUCAUAAAUUAACCACAAAGCUAAAGAGGGAAAUUAUUCUUGGUUCAUCUAGUCUCGAUGACCCUCCACAAUUUAUUACGAAAUUGAAGCUGUUGACCGCACAAGACUUAUCGUUAGAUGAUCUUCAGAUAUCGUUAGAUGAUCUUCAGAUAUAGUCAGCAUGAGGGGUACAAGGUGGUCAAACGAUUUUUCCCAUGCCUGCUCUUCGCUUGCUACAAAUAGGUCAUCCCUUGGUCGUCUUAAGUUUGCUAUUGCAAAUGUGUCGUGUAUUAUUUGGGCUGUGUCGUCCUCCUUCCCUUUGAAUUGCUUUUUGGCUUGUGUUGUAACUUGUAAGUGAUGAUUUGAAGCCAUGAAGCAAUCGGCAUGUAUAAAAUCACUCUCUUUCCAUGGAAAAGACCACUUUUGACUUUCUAGGAAGCAAUCAGUCCGUGUGUAUAAAUAUCAUUCAUUUCAUGCAAGGUCCCAUUUUUUGUGUUGUCGAGUGUAUUA